ACGUGCAGCGUUUGUCUUGACUCCUGCGCUGCCCUUCCCUCCCUUCCCUCCCUCUCCUUCAGGGAAUGCCGUGGCAAUGAGAACUGCCAUCCCGACUACUCUUCACCAACCCAUCAUGAUCUCGAUUUCCUUCAUCAAAGAUAUCGUCGUUGUCCUGGAAAUUGACAGCUCCACGAGUUCUCAUUGGACCUAGCAAGCUCCACUCCAACGGGUCUGACGUCAAUGAAGGAACGCGCUCUGGACUCUUUACGUCGAUUCCGGCGACUCGGGUGGCCGUGGAUGGAAGAAGAACGUAGAUCCGCCCCGAGGAGUGCCACUAUCUUAAUCUUAGCGUCUCCCUCGACGCUCAACACUGCAACUCGGUCGGAGAACAAUUUCCAAUUCGACCGUCCUCAGUCCCACUCCCUCUGUUCCCAAGCGUCGGUCCCUCACUCGGACCCUGAGUCAACUGGCUGGCUUGUCCGACCCGGGGAUGAAGGGAUGCUGAAUGUGCUGGAGAUUUUUCCUCCUUCCAGCCGUGGUUGGACUAAGCACCAUCGCCGCGGAAAGGUUAAGGCGCCACCCAAGAAAAAUUUUGUGAUCAAGACUUUUUUUCCUUCCGCUUUCUUUUUGCUUGGCUGCUUGGCCGCUUGGCUUGACAUCAUUACCUUCAUCGGUCCGGAAGCCACGCACAACUGAUCCAUGGUCAUGUUCACUGCUCGGUGAAGCACAUCGGAUCCGACCUGAGUUUCUAUGGAAGCCAAAAAAUGUUCCUGUUCUUUCG